CAGCGACCAGCUCCGUAUGCCCGACUCUGCCGACACAACCACGCCCCAGGCGGGCCCUUCGAGCGACGACCAGUCUACCUUUGAGCGAUGGCGGCUUACCUUUGGCGUGAUUACUGGCUUGGGAGUCACAGCCGGGGAGCGGACAGCAGAGCUCGAGCGACACCAAUGGCGGACGUGUGAGAGGUGGAAGAGGUAUCUCAUGAACUACAGCCCCGCGGUUGUCUUCAUGCUCAAGAACCUACAGCUGGUUGGGGCUCCUGUGUCAGAGAAAGACGUCCUUUGCGUACCCUGCGACUACACGCGCGCGGGUGGUUUCCACCCAGACGCAGGCGCCGUUAUUAUGUGCCAGGGCAGGUUCUUCAGCAAGAAACACAUGGAGGACACCCUGGUGCACGAACUCGUUCACAUGUACGAUCACGCAAAGUUCAAUGUCGACUGGAGCAACCUGAGGCAUCAUGCGUGCAGCGAGAUUCGCGCGAGCAGUCUCGGAGGUGACUGUCGGUUCAGCCGUGAGCUCCGUCGAGGGUUCGUCGCGUUCUCGAAGCAGCAUCAGGCGUGUGUGCGUCGCCGUGCCAUCCUGUCUGUGCGUGCGAAUCCGGUGUGUCCAAACGAGGCUGCAGCGGAGCGAGCGUCAACGAGGUAUGGGAGAGCUGCUUUGCCGACACACGGCCAUUCGAUGAGAUCUACUAGACUUGUGUGGAUGAUGCGAUUUAUGUGCGACGGUCCGCGAGACCCUAUGGCGGGUGGACCUUGCGUCUUCUGGCGUGGCAUGAGACGGCAGCGGCUGAGCAGAGAAGCGGACGCCGCAGGGCGAAUUGUCACCGGGGCUAUUUCUGGCCGUGUGCGAAUGGUCGACCAUGCCCGCUCUGCCCCCCGCUGUUUGCUUGGUGGUAGUCGUAGCGAGUGCUGUAUGUACUUAGAGACGGACACCGCGGUGUGACGGUUGGAUAAUCGAGGCUGAACUGGGCACGACUGGCGGGAGACGUUCCCCGCGCCGAGAAGGGCGUCCGAACUAGCGCAUGGCUUCGAGGCGAUUCGGCUGGCUGAUGGGCAGAUUCCU